ACAGAACCAUAUUUAGCUUAACAACUGUAUCCAAAAGGCAAACUGAUUUUCUUUAUUGAAGGAGAAGCCUAAAUUUCCGAUUUUGUUUUCCUUCUGACGGAAAGGUUUGCAUUUGAAAAAAUACCCCCCAUAAACCUUAACUGUCAUAAAUUCAUUUAGUUUAUUCAAUAAAUGUUUGUUGAGUGUCUGCCAUGUGCUGGGGACUGUUCUAGGUGCUGGGAAUACAGCAACGAACAAAUCAGACAAAAAUCUGUAACAAACUAAUGUGACAGACGUAUAUAAACUUCUGGUUUAAGGACAUAGAAUCUACCUGUCAAAGAUCUUUGCCUAAAUAAAAAUGCCAAUUUUAUAAUUCUGUCCAUUUAAACUGGAGUCUGUUGAAGUAUAAUUCUGAGAUAGAAGGCUUGCAUUUGAAGGUUAUCAUCUUAUUUUCAAAAAGUGAGACUUUUAAAAAUAUUAGCAUAAUAAUCUUGUGAUUUGUUAUGAUCUUUAAAGUCUCCAAACAUGUAUCUUUUGUAUUCACACUAUGUAUCAAUUGUUUUAUUAUUUGUAUAGGCCAUUAUAAAAAUUAUCCAAAAAAAUACUUCAGGAAAGUUAUGUUGUUAACCUUGUUAGAGUCUUGUGCAUUGCUUUGUUUUCUGAUCACAUUCAAGUUUUAGACAGAAUAAUUAUAAGAAAAUGUGUCCUUUUGGGAGCAAGAUUAAAUUGGAGUUAAUCAAAUGAACAUUUGUUUUAAAGACACCUAUGUAACAACUCCAGUAAAAUUCCUUAAUAAGAGAUCAGCCCAGUCAACAGUCCUAUUCACCAUAUGUAAGAUCAUUCAGAUAAAUACAAAGUUAUAUACAGUACAAAUAAAUUUACUUAGAACAAUUGUGUUUAACAGGGAAAUUGUUUUUCCUUUUCAAAAACUUAAAAAGUUGCAAAUUAUGCAUGGAACUUAAUCCAACAGCCAUGUUUUAUUGACAGAUUCUCUUUAGCAUUCGUUUUUUCCCCUUUCUUAAAAUAAUGCAUGCUCCUUCCACCCAAGGCUGAGAAGUGGCCUACAGGGGAAGCCUUUACAAUAGCCAGGAUGGUGGUUCUAGAAAGAGGGCCAAAGCUGACUGUAUUACAUAUCAAUAAAAAUCUUGGUAGAGAUUUUAAGCUGACCAGACCUUUCUGGGAGGUAGAGGGGCUACAGUUUUUUUUUCACUCUGCUCUCAAUGGGGCCGUACUUCCACAUCUCUUCUUUUACCUGAACUUGCCUCUUUGGCUACAGGGAGAACACCUGCGGAGACGUAAAUAACUAAUCUUGGUGAAAUGCAUCCCUGCCCUAACUGGACCAGAGAAACAAGAAGAGGAACAUCCUGAUCUUUCUGCCCUGUUGUGGAGGCAUAUAUCACUUUCAGACUCACAGGAUGGCAGCCAUUGACCUAUCGCCCACAUGGGCUCUGCGUGCACAGGACUCUGCCUGCUUCCAUGUGGGAAGUACUAAGGAGGAAAAGAUGGUUGCUAGAUUUCCAACAACCUGGUUACAGAAACCAGUAACUUUCAAAGAUGUGGCUGUGGAGUUCACACAGGAGGAGUGGGUAAUGCUGGACCCUGCUCAAAGAAAUUUGUACAGAGAUGUGAUGUUGGAAAAUUAUAGAAAUCUUACCUCAGUGGAAUAUCAAUUAUGCAGGCCAACUGUGAUCUCUCAGUUAGAUCAAGAAGAGAGAAGAACUGUGGAGAGGAGAAUUUCCCAAGGCACCUAUCCAGACCGGGAGAAUCUACUUAAAGCCAAAGAAUCAACCCCUAAGAAUAUUUUUUGUGAAGAACCAUCCAAUGGAAUGAAAAUGAUGAGACUCACAAUGGAUGAUUAUUGGUCCUUUACUUUAGAAGAAGACUGGGAAUGCUAUAAGAUCAGAAAAGAGCACAAGAUCCCAAAGGGACAUUUGAGGCAAGUGAACUUUACCCAAAGGAAAGCAGCAUGUCAGGAGAGAUUCUAUGACCAUCACGAAAUUGAGGAAAACUCUAAACUUGGCUCAAAACUUGUUUUUUCACAGAGAGUUUCGAGCAGUAAACAUUGCUGUACAUAUGACUUAGAUAUGGAAUGUUUGAAACAUAAUUCAGACAUAAACAGUUAUCAGAAAUACUCUGUAUGUGAGAAGCUCUGUGAAAGUCACGAAUAUAAUAGAGCUUUCUGGUAUCUUGAAAGAACUCAAAUAACACAAAAAGAGUGCACAUGCUUUAAAUGUGAGAUAAACUUCAAGCAUAAUAUAUUUCCUGUACAUAACAAUUUUUAUAUGGAGAAUUCCGAUGAAUGUAAUAAAAACAACAAAACCUCUUGUCAUCAUUCAUCCCUUAAUCAACAGGAGCAAACUCAUAGUGGAGAGAAACAUAAAUGUAACCAGUGUGGAAAAGCCUUCAAAAGGAUUUCUAAUCGUAUUUUGCAUAAGAGAAGUCACAUGGGUGAGAAACAAUAUGAAUGUAAGGAAUGUAGGAAACUUUUCCAUGAUUCCUCAACCUUAAGAAGACAUGUGAGAACUCACACAGGAGAGAAACCCUAUGAUUGUAAUCUAUGUGGAAAAGCUUUUAGUCAAAAAACAUCUCUUAAGUCUCAUGUGAGAACUCACACUGGAGAGAAACCUUAUGGGUGUAAUCAGUGUGGAAAAUCCUUUGGCACAAGCUCUUACCUUAUAGUGCACAAGAGAAUACACACUGGGGAGAAACUCUAUGAAUGCAGUGACUGUGGAAAAGCCUUUAACACAAGCUCUCACCUUAAGGUGCACAAGAAAAUACAUACUAGAGAGAGUAUUUAUGAAUGCAAUGACUGCGGAAAAGUUUUUAGUGGUCUCUCAUCCCUUAGAAUGCAUGUGAGAACUCAUACUGGAGAAAAACCUUUUGAAUGUAAGGAAUGUAGGAAGGCCUUCAGUGUUUCCUCUUCCCUUAGGAGACAUGUGAGAACUCACACUGGAGAAAAACCCUAUGAAUGUAUUCAGUGUGGAAAAGCCUUCAGUCAGAGCUCUUCACUUAUUAUACACAAGAGAAUUCAUAUUGGGAGAGAAACCAUCUAAGUGUACAGUGCCUUCUUCAGUGUCUUAAGGUAGACUAAAAACUCACUAUGUCUUCUCUAUUGUAAGUAUUUAAGGCUAUAUGUAUGGGCCUCUAAACACCUCUUUAACUAAACAACACAAGCUGUUACCUAUGAUGUUUUAGUUUCGGUUUCGUUAUGGUGUUUAAUAUCUAUUAUGACUUUUUUAAUACAUGUGCUAUUUGGAAUUAUGUAUUCUUACCAUGUGAGAUAUGAAGAUUUUUAGUUACUUUUUCAAUGAUUGAUUUCUAAGUUAACUGCAUUGUCUUCAGAGUAUCUGAACUAUAUGAUGCUGCUUUGUUGGAAUAAUCUUGAGAGUUGCUCUCUGGCUCAGUGUGGCAAUUAUUGCUAGUAGCAAAAUCUAAUAUCCAGCUCAUCCUUCCUUAGUAAUGAAUCCCAUUUUAGCUCAGGACAACAGUGUGUCCAGAUACAAAACUCCUCUCAGCAUCCUCGCAGCCAAAGAUAGUCAUAUCCCCCAUUUCUAGUCAAUCAAACAUAGAUUAGUAUCACUGGGGACAGACCUAUCUGUUCUCUUAGACUUUUGUUUGCCUUUCUGCCCUCCCCUUUUUUCUCCCUUUUAAUUUACCAUUCCUGGAACUGGACCUGGAUAAUGACAACCAUGACUUAAGAAUGGUGUAGAAAAAAGGAUCCUGGUACCCCAAAGGCACCUUUAAAUAGCUGUGCUAGCUCUACACUGCUUAUAUUGGGGCAUCUUUUUAUGUGACAAAAAUAAGCUUAUUGAUUUUUUUAAAAGAGCAAUAUGAAUACAGUUGCUUUGUUAUUAAAAAAAGAAAAGAAAAAAGACCACAGCAGCAUGUAGAGUUACAUGUUUUAUGCUGGAUACACGAAUUUGUUUAGGAACAUAGAAGAGGGAGAGUAGAAGAGGAACGCUGAAAGAACUUUUGUGCUGAACCAGAAGAUGGAGCCAAGAUCACUGAGAACAAGUAAUUAGAGAAGCAAGAGGGAAUCCCAAUACUUCAGCAUCAGAAAUUCAGAGAAUUUUUAAAUAGAGGGGAAGUUACUCAUUUCAAAUGCUGGGUGAAGCCCUUGAGAUUAUGCUCCUUGGUCUUGCAGAUACUGACCAGAUUAGCUAAAUUUUACUAGGAAAAAAAAUAGCAUAUAGUGGAAGGAAGAAGUGAUAGUUACAGUUUUAGCUAUGUUAACUUUAUAGGAUGUUAAGACAUCCACACGAACAGGUUUAUAUGUAGAUCUACACUUCAGGAGAUAUCUAGGAUGAGAUAAAGAAAAUUAGCAAUAUAAGUAUAUAGAUUAUAAUAGACUAUAGAGGUGGCUAAGAUUGCAUAUGAAAAAUGAAUGGAGAAAAGUGAAUGCCUGCUACUGACCCUGAAAUCCUAUAUUUAAAAAUAGAAUAAAACAAGGAACCGUAGUAGAGAGAUAAGAGAAAAACCUGGGGGAGUGGAGUUUCACCAAACCAGGACAAAGUAGUGUUUCAAAAAGGAAGGUACAGUCCGUUGUUUUAAAUCCUCCUUAGAUGUCAGAAAGCCUGUAAAAGUGACUAUAUCAUAGAGCAAUGUAAAGAUCAUUGGUGGGACCUUAGUAGGAGACAGUGCAGUGGUUGAGAAUGGGUACUUUAUUGAGUUGAGUUUAGGAAUCAGUAAUACCAAACACAGCAUUGACAACUCUUCAAAAAGUUUGACAAUACUAGGGCAAAGAGUAGCAGCUAGAGAUAGACUUGGAUUCAAGGGAAAGUAUUUUUUUAAUGAGAAACCAAAACAUUUUUAAACGCUAAUGUGAUGGAUCCAGUAGAGAUUAAAUAUACAGGCAUAAGUAGAGGGAUAGUCAAUAACAGUUCUUGAGAAGGGGAUGGAGGUAUCUGGGGCACAAAUAGGAUUGCUGUUUGCUAUAAGAAAGGAUACGUCCACCUGUCAGGAGGAAAGGAGGAAUGGAUGGUUUUAAUUACCUUUUAUUUAUAUCUAAGGUAAUUGCAUUGUGUUCAGAGUAUCUGAACUAUAUAAUGCUGUUUGGUGUUUUUUAAGACCUACUUUCUGUCCCAGUGUGGCAGAUACUGCUAGUAUCCUAAUAACCUAAUAUGCAUUUUCUUCUUCCUUACUAAUAGAAUCCCAGUUUUGCUUAGGGUAGCAAUGUGUCUAGUUAUAAAACUCCUUAUCCUAGCUCCUUUGUACCCAUGAGUGGCCAUUUCCCCUGUACCUGGCCAAUAAAAGGAGCUUUGGUGGUGCAGUGGUUAAGUGCUUGGCUGCUAACCAAAAGGUCAGUGGUUCAAACCCCCCAGCAGCUCCAUGGGAGAAAAGAUGUGGCAGUCUGCUUCUGUAAAGAUUUACAA